AUGUUCAAGCAAAUUAUCUUCGUAACCCUGCUCGCUGUCGCAGCAGCUAAGCCCGGCAUUCACUCUGUGGCUUACCCCGCUCCCGUGGUAGCAGCUCCCGUAGCAGCAGCCUACACCGCUCCCUUUGCGGCAGCCUAUACUGCAUACAGUGCUCCCGUUGCGGCCGCCUACACUGCACCCUUAGGAGCUGCUUACACUGCUUCUAUAGCGGCUGCCUACACAGCCCCCGUUGCGGCUGCAUACCCUGCCCGUGUAUCAGCUUAUACCGCACCGGUAGCCGCAGCCUACGCUUCACCAGUUGCCGCCGCCUACACCGCUCCAGUAGCCGCUGCCUAUCCUGCCUAUGCUUCUGCUUACACUGCUCCUCUUGCUGCAUACAGAGCACCCGUCCUCCUGAAAUGA